AUCAAUACAUAUGACAUGAAUUAGAGAAAAAAAGAGAGACUUUUAUUCGUGUUCCCUUUUCUGAUUAGACUACAUUCAUAUGAUUUCAACCCAUAACAUUCUUCCUUCUUAAGAGUGACGAUCACGAGUUUUCUCUACUUUUAUAUUUUUUUCCAUUUUUGUAUUGGGAAAACAAAAGAUGAUAUUGCAAUGGUAUCUAUGGUUGCAAAGUAAUUAACGCGUUAAAUUAUAGAACAUUUAGUAAGCUUGUCGCAUAAUUGGCCAGUGAUUAGAUGAUAACUUAGGCCACCUAUACACACACAUUUAUAUCGAAUCUCGCCACCGAAUGAUAAACUCAGCAAAUAGAAUUUAUCGUACAUAUAGUAGUACAUUCUGCAUUAACAAACACUGGCUAUUUUCUUCUUAUGGAAAAAAUUGAGAGAAGACAACCAUCGAAAUAUUGUGGAAAUAUCAACCUUUGGGAAAUUAUGGAGUGGAUGUAACUAUAGUCAGAGGCGUGCCUACGGUGUAUUGAAAAAGGCAUUCGCCUCAGGCCCCCGAUUAAUAUUACUGUUUUUAGGGUCCCAAAAUUUAAAAUAAUUUCUAGUAUAGUAGUUUAGACUUAUUUAAAAAAAACAUUUAUACGAAAAUUAAUUAACUCACUUUUUGAAUUCAUGUAUUUUUUUCUAUAUGACAUAAUAUAACAUAUUUAUGUUAUAAACUUAUUCUUUUACAGUAUUAGACUUGUGUAUUUGGUGAAAAUAAUAUAUCAUAUAUCAUAUUAGAAAAUUGUAAAUAAAUUUAUUUUUUAAAACUUGCCUUAGGCCACUAAAACUCUUUGUACGGCACUGACUAUAGUUAUUUAUUGUUAUUAUGUUUCAUAUUAAGUGAUAUAAACCUCAGGCUUUGGUUUCAUUUUAAUUAUUGAUGUUUUGCUUUCUCGGCACAAGAAUAUGAUAUGGUUUUUUCUGUUGACCUAUAAAAUAAAUCAAAUGGUUAAUAUGUUUAUUGUUUUCAUUUCAGUUGGUAAAAAAAAUAACUUAGAUAAACAUAUGUAAUUUACGAUUAUAUUUGAUACAGCGGUGGAUAUGCUAAACAGCUGCAUGCUACUACACGACCAAAUCUGAGAAUGUAUGUGUGGGACGGUUGAGUUAUAAUUAAGACAUCUCAUAAAUAUUAUUAUUUGAAAACAAAAGAAAUAUCAACGAUGAAUGAAUGAGCUUGUUUGGUGGGAUAAUGAAGUUAAGUCGCAAUUAUUUAAUUUACGUUACGUAGACUAGAACUGUUUAGGGGUAGACAGGCAGGUGGGUGGAAUUAAAUGGCUUCCUUCUUUUAAAGGAUCCACUGACUCAGAAGAAACUUCAAUGUCAUCAAAAAAUAAUACUAGUUAUUAAAAAAUGUCAUGGUGGAAGGGUUUCUUGAUCUUCUUGAUGUUGAGUCUGUGUGUGUCAUCGGAAGAGAGCAUGCAAAUGCAAUACGACUACUUGAAAGUUCCGGCAAGUGAGUUCGUGGGCUCCAUUGACACCAUCGUUGAAGUAAUAAGCCAAGUGACUUCAAUUUUGUCUGAGUUUGCGGAUUUUAGUGGAGAUAGUCGGCUGCAAGAUGCGGUAUCUGAUUGCCUGGAUCUGCUCGAUGUUUCUUCGGACGAGCUGAGUUGGUCUGCUUAUGCUUCUCAGAAUCCAAAUGUGGGGUCAGCAGGUAAGGGCAACGGAACAGGGAACGUGGGAUCAGACACAAAGACAUGGUUAAGCGCUGCUCUAUCCAAUCAAGACACUUGCAUGGAAGGCUUCGACGGUACAUCUGGUCUCAUCAAACCUCUUGUAGCUGGCAGUCUCGGUCAAUUAUAUUCUAUGCUUAGGGAUCUGUUACCACUUGUUGAGCCCGACCAGAAACCUCAACCCAUUACCAAACCUCGUCCAAUUGGUAAAGGACCAACGGCUCCACCAGGCCGGACACUUAGGAACAUUGACGACGAUGAGGAAAGUCAAUUCCCAGACUGGUUCAGACCAGACGACCGGAGACUCCUUGAAACCAACGGAGUGAGUUACGACGUUAUUGUAGCACAAGAUGGGACAGGCAACUUCACGACCAUAAUGGACGCCGUUAAGGAAGCUCCUGAUUACAGCUGGACACGUUUCGUCAUAUACAUUAAAAAGGGUUUAUACUUGGAGAACGUUGAGAUCAAGAAGAAGAAAUGGAACCUCGUAAUGUUAGGUGAUGGCAUUGACGUGACAAUUAUUUCCGGUAACCGCAGCUACAUUGACGGCUCGACCACGUUCCGAUCCGCUACAUUCGCUGUAAACGGAAGAGGAUUCUUGGCUAGAGAUAUAACGUUUCAGAACACAGCUGGACCAGAGAAGCAUCAAGCCGUAGCCCUUAGGUCUGACUCUGACCUAUCUGUGUUCUAUAGAUGUGCCAUGAGAGGUUAUCAAGAUACACUCUACACGCACACUAUGCGUCAGUUUUACCGCGAGUGCACCAUCACUGGAACGGUGGAUUUUAUAUUUGGAGAUGGAACAGUUGUGUUUCAAAAUUGUCAAAUUUUGGUUAAGAAAGGACUCCCUGACCAAAAGAAUACCAUCACUGCACAAGGCAGGAAAGAAGCUGACCAACCCUCAGGAUUCUCGAUUCAGUUCAGCAAUAUCUCGGCGGAUGCAGACUUAGUCCCAUACCUGAACACGACACACACGUAUCUAGGAAGGCCAUGGAAGCAAUAUUCAAGGACAGUUUUCAUGAGGAACAACUUGAGCGACGUUGUGAGGCCUGAAGGAUGGCUCGAGUGGAACACCACUUUUGCUUUGGACACACUCUUCUAUGGAGAGUUCUUGAACUACGGACCAGGUUCAGGACUCAGCAGCCGAGUCAAGUGGCCUGGUUACCACGUGUUUAACAACUCUGACCAGGCCAACAAUUUCACCGUUUCUCAGUUCAUUGAAGGAAACCUUUGGCUGCCUUCUACUGGAGUAACGUUUACUGCUGGCUUGGGUGUCUAAAUUAACAUGGCUCAGUGUUUACCUUUUUGCCUUUCAAUUUUAACUUUUGAUAUGAAAUAUUAAUAUCUAUUAUAACUCAAAAGAGUCCCCAAAAAUUAUAUAUUAGAGAGUAUAUUGA